UGGUGAAUGUGUGUUACUGUGAUUGUCAUGUAUCACUUAAACGUCAAUAUGACACCCACCGUUGACAGUGACAGGACAGGCGACAGCUGGUGUUUCGGUGCGGUGCGAAUGCCAUGCCAGAUUGCAUUGCAUGCAUUGCAGAGUAGGGAGCACGGCGAAUCAAGUUGAAAUCGCUCAGAUAAUUUACAAAUUUGGUCUAUAUCUACUACAUUAGUUAUCCAUGUACAAGUAUCUUCUAUGCAUUUAUCUAUUUAUUAGUGCCGGUGUCGGUUUGUUAUUACUACACUAGCUAGAAUCGUAGACAAAACAGCACAAUAAUUCACAAACACCCACUUAUAGUAAUAGUAUUAAUUUUUGAAGUUGUACUACACUGAUACACUGUAUAAAUGUGUGUUAACAAUCGGAAUUGCUAUAAUUGAUUGCAAGAAUGUUUUCGUCCGACGGGAAAAGGCAAUGCCCACUACGACUGCGUUAUUAAUCGAAGGAAAACCGAUUUCCUGUGCACCAUCGACCGGCGUCUUCACCACUCGAUUUUAUAACGUGAAUAUCUAUAAUCAUGCAGUCCUGGCUACAAAAUAGAUGGACUAGCCUUUGGCUGCUAUUUAUGGGCCUUGGGGCUCUAAUAUUGUUCCUGUAUGGAUUUUUUCCAUUGAAGUAUCAUUCAGGAAAGUUGGCCCACAUGGAUGACCUGCCAAAUUUCAUUGAUGGUGUCAGUAUUGACGGACAUGAAGUUUACAACGCCGGGGAAUACUCUGUAAUACUCAUGGUCAUAGAUGGCCUGAGAUACGACUUUGUCACCGAAGAGUACAUGCCAUACACGGCAAAACUUCUUAAGGAUAAGGCGGCCUGCAUUUAUGUAUCUGUUGCUGAACCACCCACUGUCACUAUGCCAAGGAUUAAGUCACCUGAGCGAAAGAAGGAAAGGGCACAGUGGAGGCGCACCAUUAACUUCUGGAGGGACAUAUUCGCGAUGAUGACCGGCAGUGUGUCGACAUUCGCUGACGUGGCUCUGAACUUCGGCGCACCGGCCGUCCGCGGCGACAGUGUGUUGCGCGCGGCCGCCGCUAGAGGGCGCCACUCUGUGUUGUAUGGAGAUGACACGUGGCUGAGGCUCUUCCCCGGCUUGUGGGCCGAGUACGACGGCACCACUUCAUUCUACGUCACGGAUUAUACUGAGGUAGACAACAACGUGACGCGUCAUCUAAACACGAUUUUGCUGGCAGAUGAAGCGAAUAAAAAGCCGAAGUUCGACUUUCUAGUGCUGCACUACUUAGGGCUCGACCACAUAGGACACUUGGAAGGCGCCCGGAGCCCCAAGAUAAAGCCCAAGUUACUCGAGAUGGACGAGAUAGUGAAGAAAAUACAUCAGGCUAUGAACAGAUGGGAUCGUAACAGCGUAUUAUUUGUGUGCGGUGACCACGGCAUGCGCGACGCAGGGGGGCACGGGGGCUCGAGCCCCGCCGAGGUGCUCGUGCCGUUGGUUGUCGCCAAGACCAAUGAUAUCUGCCCGCAUCCGUUAGGCACAGGCCCGACAAUAUCCCAAGUGGACGUGGCGCCAUCUAUCGCCUGGUUGUUGAACUCCGCCGUCCCCGGCGACAGCAGCGGCCGCGUGCUGCCGAUGUUGAUGCCGACCGACGUCAGGCAACACCUGUAUCUGUUACACGUGCUGGCGAGACAAAACGCGUUGCAGACCAAGACUCCAGACGCUGAAUUCUACAAACAAUUUCAAAGGGCUGAAAAACAAUUCGGACAUUACCUCGUGACCGGGCAGCAGAGUGCCGCCAAAAUAGCAAGAGAAUUCUAUGAAGAAUCCCUUGAGGCCAUGGCCACCCAUCUGGCCGAGACUACUGUGGAUUUGGACCUGUUUGCCAUUGGAAUUGCGACCUUAUUGCUGUUCUCGCUAUCAGUGACACUUCUCUGCGUGAUGCUGUAUUCCUUCCAACCGGACCACAGACACAAAACCUCUCGGCCAACACGAACAAACUUCGGCCUCAUCCUCGCCUUCAUACUAGUCCUGUUCAUCGUCAUGUGCGGCCUUACCAUAGCCUGCUUCAUCACCGAAACAAAAAGCCAAUUCUGUUCUUUCCGAGCUCUAUGGCUCCCAGUAUUUAUAUUAACGUCUUGCGCCUUAACCACAGCGUAUUUCAUAACUAAAACUGCAAUUGAAAAAACAAGAGACUUAACCACACUAAAAGAUUUAAAUUCAAUAGAUUAUUUAUUAAUAUUAGGUACGUUAUUUCACGCUUGGUCGUUUUUCGGGACAAGUUUCAUAGAGGAGGAACAUAUGACGUGGUAUUUCCUAUGGAAUACGCUAAUGUUUUUCGUGUUGAUGAGAACCUUUGUGCUGUUGGUGAUGUAUUUGGCGAAGAUUAUUGUGGUGCGGGCUACGGAGGUGCAGGACAAGCCAGAGUUGUAUAAGAAAAUUAAUGUUAGCAUUGCUGUGCUGCCUAAAUGGGUUCUACUAAUUGGUUUGCACAGGUACUUGCGAACCAUGAACCAAACAGGCGACCGCUGGCUGUUCCUGCCCGACACGGCCGAUUGGCUCCACGAGCCCGGGCACGAGCUCUAUCUGCAGGCGCAUCUCCUUAUCGGAACACUGCUUACAACAUACAUAUGUGUGCGCAACUUACAGUAUACAAACAAUACUUGGUACAUACAAACAGUAUUCACAAUUGGCGCUACAAUCUGCAUCCUUUGCUACCGAGUAACUGCCAAGGCUCUGCCCUCCCCGUUUCCAGACAUUGAGACCUGGGACCAAGUUCACAUCGUCAACGUAUUUUGGGGCAUGAUCCUACUACAAUUCGUCUUUGAAAUACUAACCUACAUCGGAAUAUUUAAGUCCAGUGACACAAAACAUGCAGCCGCAAAUAAAUUCGUGUACACGAAGCCAAAAGAAAAAACUGAAGAUUACUUCUACGAUCCUUCGACCGAAGAGCCGUGGAAUUUGGAAGAAGUGAAAUUGAAUCUGGCUAGGUCUAUCUCACAUUUGAUGUUAAACAGUUUGAUGUUGAUAAUAAUAUUGCUAAUGAGGCCGCACAAUGUGAUAAUGGUGCCUAGUGUGUAUUGGACGUGUGUGCUGACGUCACAGUGCAUAGACCAUAAUAUGCUGGACACGAGAUUGAGCAAGAAUACAGAGGUGGUCGACAUUUUGAGUCAGACGCUUGUGCAUUUGUGGAUCGGGAAGGUGUUUUUCUUUUAUCAGGGCAACUCGAACAGCUUAGCGUCCGUGGACCUGGGCGCGGGCUACGUGGGGCUGCGGCAGUACAGCGCGGCGCGGGUGGCGGCGCACAUGGGGCUGCACGCGCACGCGGCGCCCGCGCUCGCCGGCGCCGCGCUCUUCUGUCGGCUGGCGCGGGGCCGCCGCGGCUGGCCACGAUAUUUAAAAUCAGUAUGGCGUACGACAAACAUCUUCGCGGCUCACAGCAUAUACAUGGUGUUCAUCUAUUGCGUGAUCACUAUAUUCUUCAGGCACCAUCUGUAUGUCUGGACAGUUUUCUCGCCAAAACUCCUCUACGACUUCGUGUACAUCGUACUUACGAUACAAGCGCUACUGACUAUAGCCCAAAUUAUAGGCCUGACCCAUGUCACUAGUUGGAUAUCGUGGGCCUUGACUUAUAAAUCGAGACUGUGAUAUUAAAGUAAAGUAUUAUUAUGUUAGUAUUCAUACUGUUAUGAUAUUUUUUGAUUCUUAAAAAUGUGUGAUAUUUGAAGUACAGUUGACAUCACAUCAUUCAUUGCAAAUUCGUCCCCUAUUACCACGGCAAAAAGAUCCAUGCAUAACGUGACAUGCGGUCGACAGUCUUUAGCGAGAAAUGUAAUUUUUUGCAAAAUGAACUAGGAUGUGUGGAUUUCGGAGAUGUCAAAAUGAAAUUAGGAUUAAUUGUUAGUUACGACGAUAUUAAAUAUUUGUCUAUGGAAUAAGACAUUUACACUUUGAACAAAAAUGUUAUGUCAGCAGAUGCAUUCUGACAGGAAACUACGGUCAUAAUCAGUGGAUUAACACAAUUUCCGCCAGUAGGCAAUAUGAUAUAUAAAUAUGAAUAUUUUGCCGUCCCUUAUCGUUUCUAACAUUUCUGUAUAGGUAACAAAAUUGUUUGAGCUAAAUUUGCCGCCCUAGGUUACCUACCUACCUACCUACUCCGCCUACUCUUAAAUCCACCAUAUGAUCAUAAUUUUAUACUCUACAGAAAACUGGACCUAUGAUGGUACCUGUGAGUAGCUUUGAUUACUAUCAGAUGGGCAAUCUUACAUUUUGAAAGUAUAUAUUUUUUUAUGAAAGGCCAUUAUUUUUAUAAUUACCUAUGAGAAGUUGUGAUAUAUAGAUAUAAUUUUAUUGGUGUAACGAGAUAUUAUAGAGAUGAUGCUAAAUUUAAUAUGUUACGAAAGACGAAGUGUAAAAAUGUCUACACCGAUUUUUCUCCAUUGACUGUGUAGUUUCAUUAUGAGUUUGUCUCACUGAACAAAGAGUAGUCAUUUCUAUAUAUGUAUAGAAAAAGUCUAGUCGGUCAACUCAAUGGCCAGUGGUGUUUGAAUAAACUAUCUCUCUCAUCUGGGUCUACCUCAGCCGUUGAGCGAAGGAAAAGUAGAAGCACCCUAAAGCUCGUUUUCUUACUUUUUCUCGUCUUUGAUUAAACUAUGUCUCUGAAUUUAGAAAAACUAUUUUAAUUUUAAAAAUAUUAUUAUUUCGAAUGCAUGUUGUUAGGGUUUGUACAAUUUUAAAAAUAAACAAAUACCAUUUCCAACAA